AUGCUUUCCACAGUAACAUAUGUAAAUUCGAGCAUUGCUAUUCUAAACGAGAAAACAUUAAAUAUACACAAAGAUGGGGUGCAAGCACAUAUUGAUCUGCCAAGUAAAGGCCUGUUGGUAUGCGGAUGCUAUGUCAUUACAGAAACCAAGGAUAUACUGGUGAUUAACGAUGGCGCAGUAAAGAGAAUUGGAAAAUCGCACAAGACUCCAACAAAGAUGGCUAUUAGUGGCAGCUCAAUGUACAUUGCAGACAGGGCAGGCUCUGUCUAUGAGUUGGAGGAUCUCGAAAAAACUUGUAUGUCUCAGAUGGAAGGAGCACCAAAACAUCUUUUUGGCUCUAUUUCUAUGAUAACUGACAUUAUUGUUUCGGAGGACUCUAUUAUUACUGCAGACAAAGACAACAAAAUAAGAGUUACAGACCGGCAAUAUCCGCACAGAAUACAGAGCUUCAUCCAGGUCCACAGUAAGCCAAUACUCUCUAUUGCCACUGUUGGAAAGUAUCUAGUGGCCGGUGGGUAUGAUUGGUACGUCUCAUUGUACAACACAGACACGAAGGAAGUUCUUAUUUUUGAUUUAAUGCAAAAUAAAAUAGAGCGGAUGGGUAAAACACUACCAGGGGUGGAUGAUCCUGAGAAUAUAUCUAAUAUUAAUCUUGAUGCAGAAAGUAAAGUAAGAAAGCUGCUUGGGAAUGGCAAUACACUCCUUAUACUGCGAAACAGCACUCCUAUCUUGGUAGACAUCUCUAAGAUAAACGAAAAUCUAGAAGUUACUUGCACAGAAAUAUCUGGCCUAUCAGACAAAGUAAUAAUAGACGGAAUCAGCAUGGAAGAUGGAUUUGCUGUUUUGGAUGAACAAGGCUUUUUAUUUAAGAUAGUUCCAUCUGCACCAGCGCCUACACAAAUUCUGCAAAUUCCAAACUAUACCCAUAAGAUAGAUAUAUCUAUAGCAAAUAAGUACUUGGACUAG